AUGACUUACUUUUUUCGAUCUUUGCUACUCUUAUUAAUUAUCUACAUUAACUCACCAACCUUCGCCAGUGAAAUAUGCCAUGUAAAUAAACUUAGUACUUGUUCAGAAAAAUGUAAUUGCCGAAAGAUCCUAAACGAAGACGAAAGUACUUUUGCGGAAAAAUGUGAUAUUUGUAACAAUUCCUGCUAUAAAACGAUUGAUCAGGAAUGUAUUCACGGAAGAUGUAUAAACGGCAAAUGUAUUUGCAAUAACUGCUUCAUAGGAGAAAAUUGCCAAUUGUCAGCAAUUAAGAAUAGCACCUUCUAUACCAGUUUAUCGAUCCAAACUUUGCAGCAUGGACAAGCUUUCUUUCAAAUACAACCUAAUUAUAACUGCGAAAACUCUUGCGGCUGUCAAAAUUUAAAAUAUUUCAUCGUCGACGAAAAUUCACCAUUUCGAAUUAAUCCUCAAACGGGAGAAAUUUACUACAAAAUAGAUAAACAGCUAAUACAUCGCUAUCAAGAUAAACUACUAAUUGGCGUCGAAGAAGGCACAGAGAAUACUCGGCUACCAAUAACCCUUAAAUUAUACGUUUACUAUCAAUAUGAAGACGAAAGGCAGCAAGUCCAUCACCGCUGGAAACGAAGUCUUCCGCUAUCAAUUGUAGGUUUACUUUAUAAUAAACAGUAA